AUGAUGGCUAAUGUCUUACUCAACACGGCAGCUGUUGCCAGUGACUUAGCGCGCGCGCACGCCUUCGGUGCGCUUAUUCGUGCAAUACAAAUAGUGCGCGUAGUGAGACGAGAUGCUGGGUUUAGCGGCGUUCACGCUGCUACUGGCCUUUGGCUUUCAAAAGACUGUGUUGACCGUGACGUGAAAGUGAAGUCCCGUAUUCCCCAGCGAGGAAUGGGGCAUUUCCGCAGGUGUUUCACUUAUAUUUUCUCUUUACCGUGUCUAUUAAACAAAAAUAUAGAACAUUUAUUCUGCAAAUCAGACAGAAUGCCUCCGGUAUUGUAUGGUAUUGGGCAAUCAGCGUGGGAGUCGAUGUAUGCAAUCAUUGUUAUUGAUGCAAUACGCGUCUUGCCAUAUGUGUUAUUGCAUGGCUCUCCUCAAUGUGUAUUUAAGGCUUUUAGACGAAUGAAACAAUUAAAUUUCCAAUAUGAUAUCAGCCAGCCAAUGAUGAAAAUUAUUGAACGACUGGGCGAGUGCCUCCAUUAUGGAUCAGAAGUCGGUGCUCUAUCUGAGCUUCAACACGGUGUGCGCGGGAGACUAUACGCUGUAGACUCACGUACACUUUACCUCAAGGACUUCAACUAUGACGGUGUUGGACCAGCGGCGUAUUUCUAUGUUGGGACAAGCAAGACGCCAAGCGCACGAGGCGCUGUGAGACUACGCGACGAGCGUGGUGGGGCUGGUCCUCUACGAAAGUACCGAGGAGAGAGUAUUACUUUAUCAUUGCCGGAUGGUUCCACCCUUAAGGACUACGCCUGGUUUUCAGUAUGGUGCGAUGACUAUUCCGUGAACUUUGGUUCGGUGGAGAUACCCAAGAGUUUGGAGUACCCCAAGCCAGCGAAGGUUGGGGCACUACGCGGAGUACAUGGGGUGGCAUCGGACCCCAUAGUUGUGGUGGAUGCGCAGACCCUACUCAUUCCUAAUUUCUCUUAUGAUGGCGAGGCGCCUGAUGCAAAGUUCUGGGUAGGACGUGGCGACAAGCCAUCUCCGGAGGGGAUCCGAAUCCCAGACGAAAAUGGGAAAGAGACGCCACUUCGAAAAUAUGACAAGAAGACCAUUGUGUUAACAUUACCAGGGGAGCUGACUGUAUUUGACAUAGGACACUUUGCAAUCUGGUGCGAGGCUUUUACUGUCAACUUUGCCCACGUGACCUUGCCGCGUGCCGUCCUUUCCAACGUCCCGCCUAGCCUGAAGAUGCUGGGCGUAUCACCACAGAGCCGCAACAAGCAGCUGUCGGCGAGUACCCCCCGCGAGACCAAGGCACGUGGAACUCGGCCCAUAGCCCGCCUCGAAGCCACGACCUACCGUCCCUCCCGGCCUGGUGCUGCACUUCCUCUUUUAGACCAUUCCCCCGCACCCUCACAUCUACAACGUCGUGCUGAUCAAUAUGUAAUUAAACCAGACCCCAAGAAACCUAUAGAGAAUAAAGAGCAAACUGAUUCCACUGAACAACCAGUUGAAAUCCAGAAACCUUCUCAUUCUGACCCAAGCUCACACCAAGAAGAUACACAAAAGUACGAAGUUGAAAUUGAGCCUCAGACAUUCACUUUGCUGUAUCCCGCAACGCAAGAGUUAUUAACUGAGCAGUAUUUUAACGAACAGAGACGCAGAGCUCUUCAGGCUCAGUACUUCGAGUUAUUGCGACAACAAAGAGAUUUUGAUUUACGAAGUGCCCCUCAUAGUGCGCUUUAUGUACAAGAUGGCAAUGUGGAGCAGGCUCGGCUUACCCAACAGUAUCAAAGGGUGCCUAUCAGUGCUGGUCAGGACUACAGAUUUGACCUUGACCCGUUUGGGAGGUCUCUGUAA